AUUUUUUUUUUAUCAGACCACCAGACGCGAUUGAAGAAAAAAAAUGACUGAAAUUAUAAUUUAACGAAAUUGUUCGCGUUUUUGAACGUUUGUUACGACUUUUAUACCUUAUAUUGUGUAAAAAUCUAUGCCAAGAUGUCCGAUUACAAGUUACUUCGGUCAACCGGCGAUUUAAUUUACAAAUUCAUCUCUAGCAAUAAAUACGCUUCGGCAGCCGGCUUGGCUUUAGUCGUCGUGUGUUCAUUAUUGUAUCGCAGCAAAAGAUUCCUCAGCGAAAGCGGUACAUCGAAGAAAAGACGAAAGAAUAUAUCGAAAGAUGCCCUAAUCGAUGUAUUAUUCUUCUCGAAUGAAAACGCCAUGUGUCAAGAUCACAUCAACGACGGAAACACCUGUAGCGAUGACUGCGGUGCUCAAAAGCUAUUAACCCUGGUGGAAUAUUUAGACAUGGCCAAGGAAUCGUUGGACGUUUGUGUAUACACGAUUACUUCUAUUAAACUGGCCGAAGCGGUAUUACGUAAAUUCAACGAAGGUGUUGCCGUUCGUGUAAUCACCGAUGAUUCUAUGGCGUAUGGUGACGGAUCUCAGAUACCUUUGUUUCGUCGAAAUGGAGUUCGUGUCAGAGCGGAACCAUCGCAAAAUCUAAUGCAUCAUAAAUUCGCCGUCAUUGAUAGGAAAGUAUUGGUGACCGGAUCAUUUAACUGGACUCAACAAGCCACCUUCGGUAAUUGGGAAAACGUUAUCAUUACAUCGGAACCGGAAGAAGUAGUGCAGCGUUUCAGUGAUCAAUUCGAGAAGCUGUGGCAAAUACUGGAUUAAUAUCUUCGUCGCAGAUCUCGAUUACCAUUUUCGGUGCAUUUUUAUUUCAAGUUUUUUUGUUCACUUUCAGACGUGUUUUGUGAUAUAUUUUGUUAUUUUUUACGAGAGAUUUUCCUACGUUAAUUAUGUGAUAAUCCGAGGAUGUGUUAUCCGUAACUAUGGAAACACGAUUAUUAUUAGGAAGUUUUUUUUUUUUAAUAUGUAAUUUUGUAUUGAAGUCGAGAUAAACUUUACGUUGAUCAGUUGA